GCACGGAAUCGUUAAAAAGUAAACGUCUAUAGUUCGUUUUUCUCAUUAUGCAUUUCCCCAGAAUUUUCUUACAUAUAUUUUUAAUAAUAUCCUGCUCGAUUGCUUUAGGUCUCUCACUAAAAUGUUUUACGUGCACCAGUCCCCAAGAAUGUAAGAAGCCACAAUUGCUUGAAUGCUCGAAACUGUUGGCCAACAAUACCCGAACUUACUUGGAUGCAUAUCAUCAAGGUGUAAAUUUGAAUGCCACAAGUCUCUAUUACGAAUGUUUCUAUGAAGAAUUAAGAGUCGGUGAGUUCAAUUUUAGUAAAAUAAUUUUCACUUUACUACACAAAAAUUUCCAUAACUCAACAACGCCCUAUAUUUUCAUAGUUAAAUCUUUCUUCGCUUAAAAGUCACAUCAGGAAAGUAUUUUAUGUUUCAGAUUUUGGUAUUGACUAUGCAUUGCGUAUAAGAUAACAGUGAAAUGCAGUUAUACGCGAUAAAGUAUUACUAAGCAACUUAUAAUUGUCUGAGAGCGAAUCGGGAUUGCGUCCGCAAUAUUUGAUAUACUGGAUAUAUAAUUUGUUCCGAUAGCGAAUUGCGUCUCUAAUAUGGCUUCGAUUGUUAAUUUAGUUCGUGAAUUAUAGUGCUAGAGUGGCCGAGUCUGUCCGGACCUCUGUGUCUGCUUUCCAAUCAUUGUACGCGAAUUCUGUCAGCGUUAACUCUUUCAACUCCUUUGGUCACUAUGUGUCGGCAUUGUGUUUCGUACGUCAAAGUCUUUGCCGACGAACACUUGACAUUAGUUAGUGGUAUGAAAAAAAAAAAAGAAGCUUCAUAUGAAACUUGUUCAUAUUAAAUAUAAUUCGAUUUCAUAAGUAAUUAAUAAAAUAAGGAAACUUUUCUUGUUAACGGUAUAAUAAUUGCAAAAAUCAAAAUCAAGUCUUUGAAUGAGUGUUGCCUCUUGAAUGCCUGCUUAUCAUACUUUGAUUACACUACUUUACAUAUAUAUUUACACUACUAUCUAUCAUUUUACAUAAAAGAUUAUUUCUAUUGGUUGUAGAUUAACUGAUAUAUACUAUCACUACUAUCAGAAAAUUAAUUCCGUGCCAUAAACCUGUCACGAUGAAUAUAAAAAUGGCAUAGGCUAGAUAUUUUCUUGUGACAUUUCUGAUGAUCUAAAAAAAUAUAAUUCCAGCUAAAGAAAAAGAGUGCGUUACAACUAAUGAAUUGUUAUGAUAUUAUGCUCCGCAGAAGAGCUUUCGGGUUUUCACACUUGGAAUUGCCAGACCCCAAGUAUUAAAUACUUGUAAUUAUAUUAUAAAUAAAGUUUAUUGUAAUAAUUUGAAAAUUACAAAUGUAAAUGAUAAUAUCGGACAUGGAGUAACAACAUGAAGUGUCACAAGGACACAUUGCUGCCUGCGAAAUAUUGCAUAAUAAGUAAAGAAAAAUAUUUAUGGCUAUCAGUAAUUUUCAAUUUUUCAUGUUCUCUAUCCAAUGCAUAUGAAUACAUGUUACUGCCUUUUUAAUAGAUUUUUCGAAACAUAUCGCUUUAUGCUACAAAUGUAGUAGGAAAACAAAUAU